AUGAGUGCAUUCAAUCUUCAGGAAAGUGAGGUGAGAAUCAAACACUCAUUGAAUAAGGAUGAGGAAGACUUUAUAGUCAACAGGAGAAAAUCUAUUUUUACAACCCUGGAGAACCUUGAGACACACUGCAGUGAGGAUGAAGUGCCAAACAUUGCAUUACUGGGUUCUGGAGGAGGACAAAGGGCCAUGGUUGGUUUGCUGGGAUCCCUGGUUCAGCUUGAUAAAGAGGGUCUUCUGGACUGCAUCCUUUAUCUGAGCGGAGUCUCUGGAUCCGCCUGGUGCAUGGCCUCCUUAUACCAAGUACCAGACUGGUCCACCAAACUAGAGACUGUGAAGGACCAAAUCAUUGAGAGACUCAGCGGUCCAGGAGUCAGCUUUACAGACAAACUGGCCAAACUGAAGAAAUAUUACUAUGAGAAAGACAUCUUCAGCUUGACUGACGUCUGGGCAGUGAUGGUUGUAACAAAAUACGUCAAAGAGAUUGAUGAACACCCAGUCUCACAUCAGCAUGACCAGCACAGUAAAGACCCGUUCCCCAUCUACACAGCGAUCGACAAGCAAUGCAAACAGUGUGAGGAAGGAGAUGCCUGGUUUGAGAUCAGUCCAGUUGAAGCAGGUUAUUCUCUCACUGGAGCGUUUGUGGAAACAUCCAGCUUCGGCAGCAAGUUUGACAAAGGCUCAAAGAAAAACCCUCAGGAUGAAAUGGACAUGCUGUACCUGCAAGCUCUGUGCGGCAGCGCUUUAGCUGAUGGAAAGAAGAUGGUUAAAUUCAUCUGGAAACAAAUAAAAGAUUUUUUUGAUCAUUUAUUUCCUCAAAUUAAAACAAUUCUUGAGGAAAUGGGGAAAGACCCAAAUGACCCACCUGCAGAAAAGUAUUUCCAGGUGCUCAUGGAUCUUGUGAACAUGAAUCUCUCUGUUUUGAAUGUUAUUGAUCCUUCUGAUUAUGACAAAUCCAUCAGAAAAAAAAUCGAAGAGCUCGCUGAAGGCAAACGUCAGCUGAUUUUUCCAGAAGGAAAACUGGAUCUCACUAAUAAAGAGGCAGCAAAACGGUAUAUGGAACAGUACACCAUGGACGUGUGCAACUAUUUGAGUGAUUGGUUCAGUUUCUGGCCAUUCGAUGCUUGCUUCAGCAUUUGUAGAUGCAUGGUUCAGUGGAUUUGGGGCAGGGAAUAUAACUUUUUCCAUAAUGUGGCAGAUGAAGCAGUGCCUCCUGUUCUUGUGAAAGAUGAGACGAGAGACUAUGAAGACGCCGGUCUGUUGCUGAACUCACCCUACUUCUCAGUGCUGAGAAAAGAAAGAAACAUUGACCUCAUAAUUUCCCUGGAUUUCAGUGAUGGCAAUCCUUUCAUGACAUUGAAACAAACUGCUGAUAUGUGCAAGAAACAAAAGAUCCCUUUCCCGGAUGUUCCAAUGUUUUCUGAAAAAGAAAAAAAAUACCCAGAGGACUUCUAUGUGUUCAAAGGCACAAACGUUCCAACCGUGAUUCACAUCCCUCUGUUUAAUGUGAUCAACUGUGAAGGCAAGUUGUCUACCUGGAGGCAGAAAUAUCGUACCUUUCAAUGUCCUUACAGCGCUGAGAUGAUCACUGGUCUUAUGGAGGUCGCUGGAAAAAACCUCUCUGCCCAACAGCUGCACCUAUCUGCUCCAGCAGUUUCUCUCUGUUGUUUGAGAUGUUUUUUCCAGCGACCUCCAUAAGAUCAGUGAUCAUCUCAGCGCUGUAAGAAUCCUGAAAGGUGGUAUAUUUCUUCCUCCACAUAUCA